ACAUUUUAAACCACUAAUGCUUCCACCAGGACUAACGGCGAAUACCCCGCCCUCGUCUAGCGCGAUAUCUAACGGCAAUGGCAACGGCUCAGUGGUCCUAGACAAUGACAUGGCCAAGUACGGCUUACAAGGCGUGGCUUCAUUGGUGAAAAUGGAUAACCCUGAGAAGACGACCUUUUCCAUAGGACAAGAUUUGAACCUAUUGGGAUUGGACUUGGGUUCCAACUCGCAAAUCUUGAAGAACUUGGCAUCUCCUUGGUCGGAAACCUCGCGGUCUGAGGUCGAACCUUACUUCACAUUACCCGAAUCCAUCCAACCUCAAAAUAUCAUUCCUGCUCCCGGACCUUGUGAUUCCAAGAUUCAAUCGUUUUCUGAUGAAACAUUAUUCUACAUUUUCUACAUGAAACCAAGAGACACGCUCCAAGAGUACGCUGCCAGGGAAUUGGUGGCUCGGAAUUGGAGAUACCACAAGGAAAUUCAGGUGUGGUUAACAAAAGAUAGUAAUGUGGAGCCGGUGUUGAUCAGUCAGGAUGUGGAAAAGGGUGUUUACAUCUUUUUCGAUCCACACAACUGGGAAAAGAUUAAAAAGGAGUUUGUAUUGCACUAUUCAUCAGUCCAAGCAUAAGGCUCUUUUAGUAAUGACUCUAUUCUUUAUGAUAUGUAACUUUAUCAACUUUGACCUCUUCCCCUAGAUAAGUAUAAAUAUAUAAUGUGCAAGUUGAGGUGUGGGUUUCCAAGAGACAAAAGGAUGGGAUGUUGGAUGUUUGGUGUGCGACCUGGGCAAUAUCUUCGGCGGUGAAGUCGGGAUCACUGUCUUUUUGGAUCUGGCCUGAUUUUGUUGAUGCUGGUUCUUCAUAUUCCUUUUCUUCUUUUUCUUCCGAUUCGUUGG